CCAAGUUACGACAGGAUUUACACUAUUCAUUUGUUCCAGUUUUAUUUUAAAGUUAACUCAAUGUCAAAAUGGCGGCUGCAGCAGUACGUUUUGGAGCUCAUCUCAAAGAAAUAAGAAUUCAUCUCUGCCAGAAGUCUCCUGCAAGCAAAGGCGUUAGGGACUUCAUUGAGAAGCACUACGUUCAGCUGAAGAAAGAAAACCCCAUGUUUCCUUUUCUUAUCCGGGAAUGCAGUAAUGUCCAACCCAGAGUUAUUGCGAGAUAUGGCUUCGGGAAAGAGACAAGUUUACCAUUAUCAAACUUGGACAGCCAGCAAGUUUUGAGGGCAGUGGAAGCAUUAGCUAAAAAAGUUUAGACCUCUACAAAUGAAGACUGAAUAGUGUACAGUGUAAAUUUUAGGUGCUUCUCUAAGUUUUGGACAUGAACUUUAUUACAGUCUGUUGAAAGUGAAAGAGUUACAGAUGCCAUCAUUUUUUUUCUUAAUAAAUUUAAGAUGUGGAAUAAACAA